CCCUAAAUAAGCAGAAAUGAUGCUCAGUAUUUUUGCUGAGUGUCAUGCAGACACUGACCUAAAUUUAAACCGUACUGCUUCUUCCUUCCAUCUAUAUGAAGGUUGUUAGUAUGUUUGGACGCAUUUUUUUGUUCGUUACGUUACUGUAGAGCUUUAUGUACAUAUGCUUAAUCUUUGAGAUAGUUAUUUUUUUCCACUUCUAUCUCAAAGGAGUGGGAGAGAGAGGAGGGCGGCUCAUCAGUGUCCCUCAGCCUCCGCCCGCUUCUGCUGUGGCUCUGUGCAGAGCUGCUGGGAGGCAAAGGGAACCGCAGAAGGACAGGGAGACGCACAUUGGCUCGGAUCGGACAGGGACAGGGACAAGGAGAGACGGGCGAUGGCCGCCGACGGUGGAGGAUGCGGGGAAUCUGUGGAUGAGUACCGCGCAGAGGUGGAGCGGCUCACCGAGGAGCUGGCCGAGGCAAACAGGGAAAAGAUCCGAGCUGCCGAGUGUGGUCUGGUGGUCCUGGAGGAGAACCAGGUUCUGAAACAGAAGUAUGCCGAGCUGGAGAACGAGCAGGAGGCUCUGAGGAAUGAGUUGGAACAAAUGCAGGAGGCGUUUGGCCAGGCCUACACCAACCAGCGCAAAGUGGCAGAGGACGGGGAGAGCAAUGAGGAGACGCUGCUUCAAGAAUCUGCCUCCAAGGAGGCCUACUACACCAGCCGCCUGUUGGAGCUGCAGACCGAGCUGACAAUGAGUCGCUCCGUGGCCUCCAACUCCAAGGCGGAAAAUGAGCGCCUCAACAUGCUUGUGCAAGAGCUGCGAGAGAGCAAUGAGAUGUUGGAGUUACAGAGGACCAGGAUGAGAGAGGAGAUAAAGGAGUACAAAUUCAGAGAGACCAGACUUCUGCAGGACUACACUGAGCUGGAGGAAGAAAACAUCACACUGCAGAAGCUGGUCUCAACACUGAAACAAAACCAGGUUGAAUAUGAGGGACUGAAACAUGAAAUCAAGGUGUUGGAAGAAGAAACUGUGCUCCUCAACAGCCAACUUGAAGACGCACUACGUCUCAAAGACAUCUCUCAGGGACAGUUAGAGGAGGCCCUGGACUCUCUGAAGAGCGAGCGUGAGCAUAAGAACAACUUGAGAAAGGAACUCGCCCACCACAUUUGCCUGAGUGACAGCGUGUACGGAGCAGGGGCCCAUCUGGCGCUCACCGUCACUGGUGUCGAGGGUCUGAAGUUCCCAGAGGAGACCAACGGGACCAACAGCACCAACAGCAGCACCAACACUGCUGCUAACGGUAAUAAUGAGGACAGCAACUGGCGCAAUGGUCACCUUCACACAGGCACGGGACUGACUAAGAUUAAUGCAGAGUAUCGCCAGGGUCGCAAAGGUGAAGCUCAGCACCCUGUCCCAGACCUGUUCAGUGAACUCAACCUGUCAGAGAUGCAGAAACUCAAACAGCAGCUGCUGCAGGUGGAGCGUGAGAAGGCAGCCCUGCUCAUGAACCUGCAGGAGUCCCAGACCCAGCUGCAGCACACCCAGGGCGCCCUGACGGAGCAGAACGAGCGGCUGCAUCGCCUCACGGAACACGUCAAUGCCAUGAAAGGCAUCAACGGAGAUAAGGAGCUCGAUAACUCACAUGAGAGUGAAAAGCCCGAUGGAGGGACAGGGUCACCGCCAGCAAAUGGACAUGAUUGCGACAUCCACGGGUUUGAAAUACUAGAGUGUAAGUACAAGGUGGCAGUGACGGAGGUGAUCGACCUGAAGGCGGAGCUCAAGGCCCUGAAGGAGAAGUAUAACCAGGCUGUGGAGGGUCAUGGAGACAACCAAAGUGAUGACAGGGUCCAGACGCUCAGUGAACAGCAGGUAACUCUUCUGGAGCGCUGUAGCCGUGAGAGUCGGGAGAGAGUCUCAAGUCUGGAGGCAGAGCUCAGGGCGUCCACCAACAUGGCCACAGAGAGCCAGAGCAUGCUGAACGCAGCACAGGACGAGCUGGUGACCUUCAGUGAAGAGCUGGCACAGCUGUAUCACCAUGUCUGUCUGUGCAACAAUGAGACACCCAACCGCGUCAUGCUGGACUAUUACCGUCAGAGCCGGGUCACACGCAGCGGCAGCCUGAAAGGCUCAGACGAUCCCAGGGCUUUACUCUCUCCUCGGCUAGCCCGACGCCUGGCUGCCGUGGCUGCGGCCUGCUCCUCUGAGUGUCCCCGGAGUCCAAUGGACUCCCCCUCUAAGGAGGCCUAUCACAAUGAGGGGACAGGCCACACUGUGGACUCUCCACUAUCCUGCCAUAGCAGCCCGACACGUAACCUCACCUCCUCUCCAGGUAUCAGUGUCUCACCUUGCUCGUCCCCGCUGCCCUCAGAGGCGGGAGGAGAUCUGAGGAAAGAGCCCAUGAAUAUCUACAACCUCAAUGCCAUCAUCAAAGACCAGAUCAAGCACCUCCAGAAGGCUGUUGACCGCUCGCUGCAACUGUCCAAGCAGAGAGCAGCGGCCCGAGAACUCGCACCGAUGUUUGACAAGGACAAAGAGUCAUGCAUGGAGGAGAUCCUCAAACUCAAGUCUCUGAUCAGCACUAAGAGAGAGCAGAUAGCCACCCUCAGGCUGGUGCUCAAAGCCAACAAACAGACUGCAGAGGUUGCACUGGCUAAUUUAAAAAGCAAGUAUGAGAAUGAAAAGUGCAUGGUGACAGAGACAAUGAUGAAGCUGAGGAAUGAGCUGAAGGCUCUCAAAGAAGAUGCGGCAAAGUUCUCUUCUCUCAGGGCCAUGUUUGCCACGAGGUGUGAUGAGUAUGUCACCCAGCUGGACGAGAUGCAGAGACAGCUGGCUGCGGCAGAGGAUGAGAAGAAGACGUUGAACUCCCUUCUCCGUAUGGCUAUUCAACAGAAGUUAGCUUUGACCCAACGCCUGGAGGAUCUGGAGUUUGACCAUGAGCAGAUCCACAGAGGCCGCGGUGCUAAAGUGCCCAAGAUAAAAAGUAGUCCACCCAAAUUUCUUGUAGAUUGUCAGCAGCCUGCUGCCUCAGUACCGACAUUCUCCCCACAACUGAGGCGAGGGAGAGCCUCCUUAGCCUGCAGUCCUAAAUUUGAAAACAAGGAACACCAAGAACUACUCUCCAGCAUCAGUAACCUUUUCUCCCCUUGUGAUCCUCCAAACGGUGUGGUCCAACAACCCCAUCCACCCUGAACUCAACCUGCUUCAGCCCCAGGCGCUGUGCUUUACAGUGCAGACAGACAGACAGAACAUCCUUACGUUUAUCUCUACCAAUGUUCUAUCUAACCUGGUGCUUAACGUGACUCCCACGCCCCAACUCCGAGUGCCGGACGAUUUAGAACAGAAAGUUCUCAUCUUCUCUGGAAGUACCAUUUUGUCCUGCUGAUGAAAUGGACUGAGGCAAAGCAGCCAGAGAAAUGAUGGGAUUUACUACCAGUAUUUAUUGAUAACUUAUUGACUAUUUAUUUGCGUAUUAUCUGUGAGGAGGAUCUGAGGUAUUUAUUACAGGGUCAUUCGGGUUUAUUUGUCCAUUAUCAGGACGGAACUCCACUAAACAAUGCAAACAAAACUGUCAUUGGAAAUGACAACUGAUUCACAACUGGACUGCCCUGGCCUUACUGUAAUUGUAUUUAAUGUGUGUGAAUAUGAUAGAAUAAUGUUUAUUUAUUUAGCUUUCAACUUUGCAAAAAGCUUUUGCAGAAAAAAAUAUUUGUUACGAUUCUGUUGGGUAGACAUGUUGGGAAUGCCUUUGUUCAUUUUUCUUAAAACCUUUUUUACAUUAUAUGUUUUUAUUUUGUAGAGAUGUGGCCUGUGACACCAGGGUAAAAUGUAAAAUGAGAACUAGAGCUAGGGUUUUAGAGGAGACGUGAUUUGCGCAGGUUGACUACGGAGUGACAAGUCGAAGAUGACCACAAUGGUUUCCAGCAAAAACAUUUACUAUCACCUCAGUGUCAACAUUAUGGUGGAUAUAAAACUAGUAUCACAGUAUAGCAGAUUGAUGAAUUUACCUGUCAUAUCCUCAGCCAUUUAUUUUGUCAAUCAGAUUAUUGGUUCAAACUCCUUAUAUCUUCAGUUCAAAUCUCCUGAUCUCUUGUUCAAGCACAAUUUUGCAGUAGACUUCACAGCAAUACAGCAGUGGAAUCAGUUGAAGUCUGGACCUGAUCAUGUUUGCAUCAAUUAUACCCUUCACCAUGAACUAACCAGCAGACUGACAAGAAGAAGACAGCAAGAGCCUUGGGAUAUGCAAUUUCUGACAUUAAUUCCACAACUGAAGUCCCAUCCCUUCAUCCAUUUUCUCUUAAGUAUUAUUAUCUUCACUUUUGCCACAAGGGUGCGACGAUGGCGAACAUCAUAGAACUGUGUUGUAAAGACGACUGAUCGAAAGGAAAAAGAAUUGUUCUGUAAAACGGGAAGAGUCUGUUUAGCCUCUGUGACUGUGGACAUAUGUCAUUGUUGUGUCGGCAUCAAAAGAAUGUUUAACUAACCUGUGGUGGUAAGAACAACAUCUAACACCUGCGUUAGUGAGUAAGCUCUGAUGGCUGCAGUGAUGUUUAAAAUGACUGACAGGACUGUGAUGAUCCUCGGUGGGUUUUACAAAUGUUUUCCUCAUUUUAAAAUGAGUCUUAAAUUGAAAUUGACACAAAAUAAAAGCCUGUCUUU